AUGAUAUGUCAAACGUUUAAUAAUAUUAAAUUAAAACACACUGAAAAAGUAAUCCCUCGUUUAGCCGUGCGUAGCACCGUUAAAGUUCACGAAAAGAAAGUACCUAUAGGCCCUGUAUUAUUAUUUCAACACAUGAGUAUCACUAAGACGUUCGAGGAUAAAAUUGAAAAAUGUUUUGAGUAUGAAUUAACCUCUUACCCGUUCUCACUCUUCAAUGCACUUGUAAUGCGCAAAACACCAAAGUCAGCCAUUUACAAUUGCUUUAAAUCAGUCAAUGCUGAAGUUGAUACUACAAACGCCACUUAUAUUAUCUAUGGUCAUAGAGUGACGAUAGUAUUUGAUGGCUACAGUGAGUCGACAAAAAACAUUAAAGCUGCAGAACAAUGUAGUCGCAUUACGAAAACAUCUUCAUGUUCCGACAUCAUCUUUGAUCCUAGUUUCAGCAAACCAACAACAAUUUCUUGCUAA